CACACACACACACACACAGCCACACGCGCAGGAGCAAACAGUAUCUCUCCCUUUCUCUCUGUCGAGCUCACCCACCCUUCCUCUACCUCGCUUCUACACACAUACACACACACACACACACACACACCACUACAGUAUAUCAGCUCACGACUAGAGGAGAGACGGAGGGGAGAGCAGAAAUGAAUGUGAAGAUCCUGACGCUGGUGAUUGUGCUGCUGCUUUCUCUGCUGUGUUCAGCCCGUGCUGGUCCAGUGACCUCCACCGAGCAUAGCAAGGAGCUGGAGGAGGUGGGUAGCAUGAGGACUCCUGUGCGUCAGAACCCUGCCCGAGCUGGCCGGAACCAAAGACCCUCCGGCUGGAGGAGGAGGCGCCCUCGACCCCGUCUGUCCCACAAGGGGCCCAUGCCAUUUUAGAUCAAGGCACUGCUUCGAGCGCCCACCCCUUUGGUUCUGAUUUCAAUGCUCUUCCUUUGUCUUAGGGAGGGCCCUGUAACAAGGGGUCUUUCCAGCCCAGCCUGAAGAGUGAUGUCCAUAGCACCUGCUGGUUCUUCAAGAAACUCUUCUUCUGUCCACAAAAUACCAGGACAAGCCACUCACCCUCAGCUCUAUGAAGAAUUGUGGGCCAGGAAUGGGGUGGGGGGGAUAUAGAGCCCGAGCUAUCAGAUUCUAUUUCUGUCUGUCCAUCUCUCUCUCUCUCUCUCUCUCUCUCUCUCUCUCUCUCUCCUCCAGUGUUUUUUCCUCAUUAGCUUUCUAAAGCCUUUUCAUUGCCACACUUUGCAUGACGUGUGAGUACUGAGAAGCCUGGUCCAAAACAAUCUUCAUGCAACAGUGUCAGUUUUUUCUUCGAGGUGUGCUACCCCAUUCUCUGCUGUGUAAAGAUGCCCUUUGUUCCAGUGCUGUGUUGUGGCAAAUUCUGGUGUGAACAAAUGUCAUAUGGGAGGGAAGUGACAGGGAUGUGAAGGUAAAGGCACUAUUGAAAACUUCAUCUCUUUUAUCCACUUCCAUCUUUUGACAAAGGUAACAAUGCUCCAAUUCAUUUUACCUUAUGUCUGAUAAAAGUAGCUACAACACGUUAUUUGAUUUUAUUUAGCUACCACUGCUGAUUAUAUAAUUACCUCUGAAUUGUGUUGCUUUGCAUUAAAAGACUAUCAUCAGGUGUCAAGUAAACAAACAAACAAAAAUCUAUGGUAUAUGGAUUGAUUGCAUUUCAUCAUUUUUGUACUUACACAACCAUUAUUAGGGAUUAUUGCUCUUAAAAGUUUUGCUAUCCAAAGCGUAUUAUGCAUUACCCUAUAGGCACCCAACAUCGCAAGGUUCAAGCCGACAGUGUCUCCUUAUAGGAUUGCACUACUUUACUAACCAUGUGUCAUGUCUGUCGUCCACCCCCACUCUUCACCUCGCCACAGCAGACAUACAUGACUGUUAACUGGCUGGGACGGCCU